AAGCAAGUUGCUCCAUACUUUUUUUGAGGGUGGUUCAUUUACACAAAGACACACUUUCAUUCUACAGUUACAUAUGUGGCUGUUAUGCGUUGUUGGAAGACUAUAAUUUGUGAGAAGAAUCAUAAAUAUAAGAUAAAUACUCAUACAGUAAAUUAACUAUACAUUAAGAGUGUGUGGUGGAUCUUUACAUUUAUUUUUUCUCUUUCACAUUCAUGGCUUGUAAUUGAUUUUGACAAAUGUCUUAACAAUAAAUUAAUAUUUUCUUCUUUUUGCUUUGAAUUUUGACAGUUAAAAACAAAAGACGCAAAGGGUUUUAAAGGGAUAUUCUACACUAAGUCAUACUUGACAGGGAAGAGAAAAGUUUGACAUAUUUAGACUGUAGCAGAGAGAGAUUAAAUGUACAAAAAUCAUUGAAUUCAUCAUUUGUAAUUUGCAAUUGCUUUAACAUUCGGAGACAACCUGUUUGGCUCAGUACUUCUAAACUCCUAUCUGCUUCCUGGUGCAUGAAAUUAUGUACUCAUGGACAUUUCCACUACAACAAACACUAACACUUGUUAGUGAUUUACAGAUUGUCAUAAUUUACCCACUUGUAUUGUUCAGAAACAGAGUGAAGAAAGGUUAUUAAUCAUUAAUCAUAUGUGUGUGUGAUCGCACCAUUGACUGUAUAUAAAAGAAAACCUGUUGGUCUUUCAUAAUCAGUUUAUGGAUUACGCUAGUCCUACACGCAUGCUCAGAGCCUUUUAGCGCGCAUCUUUAACUCUGUCCAAGAAACUAAUAUGUCAAGAGAAAUACAGCAGGUGCUGCGGCUCAUCAUGCUAACAGGAAAGCAAAGACAACGGCGUGUUUUAAAGACUACAGGGGGGCUUUUGGUACUUUUGUGGACUGAAACAGAACUUUCUGGUCAAAGGAUAAACUGCAGUGUUGCAGCUGCUGGUCCCUGGUGCUCAGGGAUUCAAAUUAAAGCGCUCCAGCCUGUCCUGUCAGAUUUGAAGGAGAGGAUGUUUCCCUGUGUGGGGCCAUGUCCUGAACCAGACCCUAAGGAGCUGAGUGCCUUCACUGAUCUGUAUGGUUCCCUCGGAUUACUUCUGGCUUUUCAGAUGAGAGAUGACAGACAUUGCACUUCAGAGUGGCGGGCCCAUAUAGAGGCAUUUUUACGCACAUUUAGUUUGGCUAACGCCGAGAUAAAUGUCCAUCUCAAAUUCAGACUCAAUCAGCUGGACUCACAACAAGAAUUUAAAGUCAAGAUCAAGAGCAACGUUGUACAGGCAGAUCAACCAUCACUGAAAUUGGAUGUCACCUGCUCUAGAAAGUCUCCACUGUGUGUGAAUAAAGGAUGCUGGUGUCAGGGAGGACAUCCUGUCCUUGGAGGCAGGUUGCCACUUAGCAUCCCACCACAAGCCAUGGACCAAGGCCUGCUUGGGGAGCUCAGUGUCCAGUUUGUUACACUCCUGAGCCCUUGUGUGCUGCAGUACCCGAAUGUGGCUACAGAACUCACUCACAUACAAAUAUCCUUUGUGUUGGUAUACAGCCCCAGUAAUGUUCCUAUCUCUGGCCCCUCUGGCUUCUUCCAAACCCUUCCUGCUGAUCUGGACUGUCAGCAACUGGGCCUGGACAGAUUGCACUGCUCCUCCUUUAAAGACCUUAUGCACAGCGGUGGCACUGUUUACACUGUGGAGCAAGAAAACUGGGACGAUCCAGAGCAAGAAUCGGUGCAACAGAGUCUCCUAGUUUUCCUCUUCUUACAGCACAGUGACCCCUUCAUCUCCCAUCUCAUUGAUAUUAUGGCUACAGAGGUGUUGAUAGAGCACCACCUGGAGGAUAUUCUGAACAACAACAGGCAGGCAGUCACAACAGCCCUGCAGACAGAGCUGAGGAACACACUGACAGCACAGACUCACAGAAAAAAGAUGGAUGAACAUCCUGAGGGUGAUGAGCUCAGCAGAACAGAAAUCUGA